CCUCCUCUGCCCAGGGUGGAUCUGCAGCAGCAGCUCAUGACCAUCAUAGACGAGAUGGGCAAGGCCUCGGCCAAGGCCCAGAACCUGCCGGUCCCAAUCACCAGCGCUUCACGGAUGCAGACAAACCACCACGUUCUCUACAUCCUGAAGGACAAUGAAGUGAAGACAGCGGGGAAAGGGGCCAUAAUCGGCUUCCUCAAGGUCGGCUACAAGAAGCUCUUCCUGCUGGAUCGCCAUGGGGUUCACAACGAGGUGGAGCCGCUGUGCGUGCUGGACUUCUAUAUCCACGAGUCGCUGCAGAGGCACGGCUACGGCAAGGAGCUGUUCCAGUGCAUGCUGCAGCGCGAGCGAGUGCAGCCCCACCAGCUGGCCGUGGACCGCCCCUCGGAGAAACUCCUCUGCUUCCUCCGCAAGCACUACAACCUGCAGGGGACCAUCCCCCAGGUGAACAACUUUGUGAUCUUCGAGGGCUUCUUUGCCGACCAGCAUGCUCCGGUGAGGAAGUUGCCUUCAAAACGUGCUGAGGAGGAGAUAAAACCCUACUCUCUAACAGACCGAGAGUUCCUGAAGGAGGAGGUGGAGCCACCCUGGCCCUUCAACCAGUCGCAUUCGCUGAACCGCUCCAGCAGCCUGGGGAACUCGCCGGUUCGCACCUGCCUCAAGCCCUUCCUCAACGAGCAGGAGCUGCUGCGGAACCUGCGCCUCUGCCCCCCACACGCGGCUGCCCACCACCUGCUCAACGGCGAGCAGGGCGAGCCGGCCGCCCAGAGGCGGAGAACCAGCUCCCUCACCCGCUCGGAAAACACCAGCCAUUGACGUCGCCGCUGUGUCCCCCACCCCCGUCCCGGCUUGGUCGUCCAUUUGUGUCUUGAGAUCUCGGCAAGGGGGGGGUUCAGCCCUCUUGCGCCUCCCCAGCCCUUUUUUAUACGCUUGGGGGGGCUGGCGCAGACGCCGGGUUAUUUCCGGGGCUCAGUGGGUGUUUUUCCUGGGCUGCUUGUUUUUCUAUGGAAUGAUCCUAAAACACCCUCCGAAGAGGGAUCCGGUCCCGUUAGCACAGUAGCUCUCCCCCGCCCCCUUUUUUUUAAAUAUGCAUAUGUUGUACUUUGGAUCCAAAACUCUCAGAGGUUUACAGUGGGAAAUCUGGUUCUGAUCGUUCCUCCCGUGCCGGAUCUCAAAAUGGGAUCUGCUGCUUGGUGCCAGAUCAGAUCCUCCCCCUUGUGUUUGUCUGUAGGUGGAUUUAAAGCGAAGGAUCCACUGAAAAUUGGCAACCGCAGACUCAGAAAUAGGACCCCCUUGUUUGUCUUGGGAUCUAAGUGGGAUCCACUCUAGCUUGCCAGGGGACUCAAACUAGGUCUCCUCAAUCCACUCUAGAACCAGGUCCCCUUGCAGAUCACCAAUGGCUUACUUAAGGAUAGAAUCCAUGUGUGUUCCUUAGUGGGUGGAUCUAAAAGCGAUCCACUAAUUUGCUGACUUGAGAAAGGGAUCCCUUUAUUUUUCUGAGUGACUGGAUCUAAAAGGGAUCACCAAAUGCUAACCUCAUAAUCAGAAAUAGGUUCCCCUUACGUUUUUCGGUGGAUCUAAGUGAGAUCCAAUGUGGGUGGAGUCUAGAGCAAGGUGCCCCUUGUGGCUCAUGCUUGCUGAAUUUAAAGGAUCUACUGCUGAUCACCAAUUACUGGUUAUGUUUCUUAACUGGUGGAUCUAAAAGGGAUCUGCUGCAGGUCCCACCUUAGCAACACCCAAGACCAACAGGCUCCUGCGUCCUCCAAAGGCGAUCCGCUACAUGUUGCCAAUUGCUAAAUCCAACAAAUAGAGCCCGCCCCCAGCUUCCUGGUUGGCUGGGUUGCCAUAUGGCUCCAUUACAAAUGCCUCCUAAAAAAGUUGUCUACAAAUUGCCAAUGGCUAGAGCCUCAAGAGGGAUCCACUGUCUACUGCCAGAUCCCUUCGAGGGGUCCCUUCAGCUGACAGAUCCAUGGUAGGGAUCUAUGGAGGACGUGGCCAGUAGCCAGAUGCCCCCAAAGGGAACCACUGUUAAUGACUUCUCAGUUGCUUUUGCCCCAGUUCCCCUGAAGGCAUCACAGCUAUUCGUAGGCAGAAGAGUCUAGUGGAUUAGAGUAGGGGGGCUUGAGAGCCAGGACUCCUCGGUUCUAUCCUCAGUUCUGGGAGCGGAGGGGCCUAGUGGGUUAAAGCAGGAAGGCUGGGAGUAGAGAUCCCUGAGUCUCUUCACAGACUUACAAUGUGAAACUGGGCAAGUCCUUUCCCCUCUCUGUGCCUCAGUUUCCCCAUCUGUAAAUGAGGAUAAAAUUAGGGCCCCAUCUCCCACGGAUGUCAUGAGGCUUAAUGAAAGUGUUAAUUAGUUAAUAAUUAUUAACACUGGAAAACUUUGGUUCUAAAUCCUCCCCGACCCGAAUCUGGUGCACUUAUUUUUAAAUUAUAUUAGAACCUGGAGGAGGACCAGCUGAGAUCAGGGCCCCAUUGUGCCGGGCGCUGCAC